UCAUGUGCGCUGCGCUCCUCUGUCAUCUGUAAAGUGUGAAUGAAGUGAAGCGGAUUUGCAUCAGACAAACAAAGCACAGGUAGGCACUCAUACAGAUGAUCUGACAGGAAGAUUAUUCGAAUACCUUCUGCUGGGAAGCCGACUGGGAUUACCACAGUUUCACAGUUCCUUGUAACAGCGGUUUUAUGCAUAGAAGACAUGAAGGACCUUUCUAACUGACUCAUCCAUGUCAUGUGGAUAUUAUCUGAGCUGUGAACCCCACCAUGGAAGAAACAUUCUGUGAUGUGUCCUCAGUCGUGGAGUCUAGUCUCUACCACAAUGUCCAUUCCAUCCUCAGAGAACUGGACUGUAAACCUCAGGCUGGAUCAGCCUGCAAUAAAGGCAUGUUGAGAUGGACUCUGCAUAACAGGGUGGACAAAAAUCCAUCUAUCAGUGUCCCUCUUUUGAGGGUUCUCAUAAAAGAGCUUGAAAAGGCGGAGAGAAUCAAUUCCAAGAUUCGCAUUAUUCCUUUACUUCACACACUUGUCUACACGGUCCUACAGUCUGUAUUUAUUCCAGAAGAUCUAUAUCGAAGGAUGUAUUUUUGCCUGAAAAGUUUAGUUACGUUACCUGAACCCUACUGUGCAAUCGCUCUCAACUAUGCAAGACAGAUGAAAAUGGAACAAAAUGCACCAGGAAUACUGUAUCAGAGGAGAGUCAGUGCCGAACACAAUCUAUGCAAUGAUCUUUAUCCACUCCAUGAGAAGGUGUUUGUGUUUGUAGAUCCUGUUGUGUUUCCUCUGUCUCUGGUGAGUGCGCUCAAGGCUGAUGUGGAGUGUGCAGACCCUGGUAGAGACUCAAUGAUCUACAAACGCAGAGUUUUACUGCACACAAUGCGAGCUGGAUUAGGAAAGAAGUGCCAGGUUGACCAGCUCUCACAGUCUCUAGAGCAUUUAGGUGAAGAGCUGGCACUCCACUUCCAGGAUCUAGUCACCAUCCUAGAGCAGAGAACAGAAGAUGGACCUUCUGAUGAUAAUCAGUACAAAACAAGAUUGCAAGAGUUCUACCAAGACAUCCUGACUGCUGCCAAAGAUCCGUCAUGUCCAGCCUCGCAAGCAGAAACUCAGCUGCCCAGUCCUGAGGUCAGCUUCCAUGUCUGGACCAAAGAGGAUGAGAUAUGGAAUGAGCUGGUUAACUUUGCACUUAUGGUUCCUACGGACCGAAACUCUGCUUGUCUGGAUGAGGAUGACCUGAAGCGUACUUCUGUUGUGUCCACCGUGUCCACGGACAGCGGCAUAGAGGGAGACAUGCCCAUCAGCGAGCUCUCCUCUAUAAUGCUGGAGUCUCAGGGCGGCCCAGAGGAGCAGAGCAGCUCUCAGUCCUUCAACAGGAGGCCGUGUGUGCGAUGCCCCAAAGCUGGCAACAGAAUGACGCUCAUGAUGGAGGCCAUUAAGGGAAAUGGAGGAUACAGCCUCACUAAAGAGGAAAGGAACCUCACGGCCCGGAUCCUUGUAAUGGGUGACGACAGAACACUAGGACGGCUCGCCAAGACUCUCCACACUAUACGGAAAAGGGAGGCACGACAUCUGCUGCUGACAAAGAGAGUGAAUAUGGAGAUGUAUUACAUUCCAGUGACUGACCAGACGCUUUCUCCUGUUCAGGAGGGUGUUCCUGAAGACAUGCUGACAUUGGCAAGAUAUUUGGGAAGCGUGGAUCCGUGGUAUGACUGUAAUAUCAACGGUUUGGGAGCCAUGAUACUAAAACUGGCCCAGAUGAAAUCAACUCAGAGUGAAUCUUCAGACCCCAACACCUUCCUGCUAGAUAUCAUCUCAUACUACACACGUGUCAGCCAGCGUCCGGUGCACCUUCCCAUCUACUCUGUCAAGGCCUCAAUAAGUGAUAGAGAAAAGGAGAUGGGAAUGUCUUUGGCGACAAGUGGCAUGUUGAUCAGCGUCUUGCCUUCAUGCAGAGUCAGAAGUCUACACAGUGUCAGCAUAAGUUUCCAAGAUAUGAAUCCCACAAGGCCCAGCACACAUUCAUUCAGAGCUGUUAGUGCCAAUAUCAGAGUUCUAGAGGCGCGGACAUUCACAGUCUGUUUGGAUAAAGAUCCACGUAAAACAUUUAAGAAUGUCCAGAGCGUUGAAGUUUCUCCAUGCUUGGACCCGGGAUACUCCCAUCAGCCGAGUUCAAAAUCCAAGUACAGUUUGGGAGAGAGAGGUGAACCGCUGGGCAAUUAA